CACGUCUGCAGUUCUUUUUUCCUUUCUUUCUCCCCACGCCUCGCUCUCGAUCUCCUCUCCUCCCCUCCCCUCGCGGCCCCGCCUCGUCUUCCUCUCGCUUUGCCCGCUCGGAGCUAGACUCGAUCGCAUCGCGUCACAUCCGAGGGAGGCAAAACCCUAGGCAGAUCCCUCCCAAGCCUACCGCGACCUUCCGCCCCCGGAGGAGAUGCAGGGCGGCAACCACAUGCUCCUCGAGGAGCCCGUCCGCCUCGCCUCCGUCCUCGCCCCCGCCAAGCCUAAAGUUUUCCCAUCCCUCACUAAGAUUGUUGGGACGCUUGGGCCCAACUCGCACUCAGUCGAAGUGAUUGAAGAAUGCCUCACUGCUGGGAUGUCAGUUGCGCGGUUUGAUUUCUCUUGGAAGGAUGCUACUUAUCAUCAGGAGACCCUCGACAAUCUGAGGAAAGCGGCACAGAAUGUGAAGAAGUUAUGUCCUAUAAUGCUGGAUACAGUGGGUCCAGAAAUUCAGGUUCACAAUUCAACUGGUGGAGCAAUCGAGUUGAUAGGGGGGAAUCAUGUCACAAUAACACCAGAUCUUUCUAAAGCUCCUUCGGCUGAUAUCCUACCAAUUAAAUUUGGCGAUCUUGCAAAAGUUGUGAAGAAGGGUGAUACUCUUUUCAUUGGUCAAUAUCUUUUCACAGGAAGUGAAACAACAUCUCUAUGGCUUGAAGUUACGGAGACUUCUGGUGCAGAAGUGAUUUGUUAUGUGAAGAACACAGCUACACUGUCGGGGCCCAUUUUCACUCUACAUGUUUCACAAGUACAUAUCAGUAUGCCCACUUUGAGUGAAUAUGAUAAACAGGUCAUAUCAACAUGGGGGCUGCAAAACAGUGUUGACAUUAUAUCGCUUUCCCAUACCCGCUCUUCUGAGGAUGUCAGGGAGCUUAGAGCCUUUUUAAAAUCUCAUGAUCUUCAAGACACACAGAUAUAUGCGAAGGUUGAAAAUGCUGAGGGUUUGGAACAUUUUGAUGAAAUUCUCCAAGAGGCAGAUGGUAUCAUCAUAUCGCGAGGAGACCUGGGAAUUGACCUCCCACCAGAGAGGGUGUUCAUGUCCCAAAAGACUGGUAUUCAUAAAUGCAACAUGGCCGGCAAACCUGUGAUCAUUACUAGGGUUGUGGACAGCAUGAUUGACAAUCUGCGCCCUACUCGCGCAGAAGCUACUGAUGUUGCAAAUGCUGUCCUAGAUGGAACUGAUGGCAUUUUGCUCGGUGCGGAGACACUUCGAGGGCAGUAUCCUGUUGAUGCUGUGCGUACUGUGGGCAGAAUAUGUGCAGAAGCUGAGACCGUGUAUAACCAGUCACUUCACUUCAAGAAAGUAGUGAGGCAUGUAGGUGAACCAAUGGCCCAUGAAGAAUCUGUGGCAUCAUCAGCGGUUCGUUCUGCAAUGAAAGUAAAAGCUGCUGCAAUUGUUGUGUUCACCUUCUCGGGGAGAGCUGCUAGGUUAAUUGCUAAAUACAGGGCCCCAAUGCCAGUUUUAGCAGUUGUGUUCCCACGCGAGGGCUCUGAUCCAUCGAAGUGGCGUUCUUAUGGCACGACACAGGCGAGGCAAUGUUUUUCUGUGAGAGGUGUCUACCCUUUGAUGGGGAGUACUGACGAGGCUGAAACUGGUGGGCUCACCAAGGAAGAAUACGGGAUAAAACUUGCACUGAACUAUGGCCGGUCAGUCGGCAUAAUAAGGCCAUACGACAGGGUGAUUAUUUUUGAAAAGAUCGGUGAUUCUUCUGUUGUCAAGAUCAUCGAGUGCGACGAUUCUGAAAGAUGAAUGACCCUUCUCAGGCAACAGUUUCAACUAUAUGCCUGAGAUUGCCUCCUCUUUUUGUUCUCCAUUCACUUUGACCAGAGAUAAAAGAGUAGUAUAGCACGACAAGGUUGCCCUGUUUAGCACCUUGGUAUUUUAGAUUUACAUACUUGUUGCCCUAAUAAAGUGAAGAGAGCUUCUCAUUCACUCAAACAUCCAAGUUUUGGACAAAAUUAUAGGAUUGUUGAGAUAAUACCUAUGAGUGAUUCCUAGCUUGUAUUUCAUGUUACAUCAUACGCUAUAUGACAUAUUAUCUGCUAUUACCUUUGCAUAUACUA